CUUUUCAGGUUACUUUAAUUUCCAUUCACAACCGGUAGCAACACAGCGGCAUUGUGGUGGAGGCUGUGCAGCAAGAAAAAAAAGCACGAGCAGAUUAUUAGCAAGUAUUUAUACGCGUGUGUUUAUCGAAAUGUCCAGCGAGACCGGGCAGACUGUGGAGGAGGCGACUACAGAGGAGCAGCAGGAGAUGCAGGAUAAAGUUGUGAGUCCUGAGAAGGCGGAAGAAGCCAAGCUGAAGGCUAGAUAUCCUCAUCUGGGCACUAAGCCAGGAGGCUCAGACCUGCUGAGGAAAAGACUCCAGAAAGGGCAAAAGUACUUUGACUCAGGAGAUUACAAUAUGGCCAAGGCCAAAAUGAAGAAUAAACAGCUCCCAGCAGCCACGGCGGAGAAAACCGAGAUCACCGGAGAUCACAUCCCAACUCCUCAAGAUCUGCCACAAAGGAAGACUUCACUGGUGGCCAGCAAACUGGCUGUUUGAUAUGAACUUUGUGAGGACUUUCAUGUUACCAUUCCUGAUGUUUUGAUCUCUGCUUUACCUCCAUUUUAUCUCUCACUCUCUCUCUCCCUUUCUCUCUCUUUGUUUCUCACUAUCUCUGUCUUUUCUUUUUUUGUGUGUGUGUGUGUCUGUUUCCUAACUCUCUCUUGCCUUUGUAAUUGCUCUGAAGAAAUGCUGUUUUGAUAAAAUGUUUGCUGCUGGGCACCCAUGUUUACCUGUUCAUGUGUGGAAACAAGACAUUUUGGCUGUAGAAGUAGAUAUAGUUGCAAUUUCUACUCCCAGGUGUGAAUGCACUGUUAUCUGACUGAACCAAUUGAACAGAAACCUUUUUUUAGGAUUUUACUAGUUUUACUCACUUGCUCUCUUGCAGUGAUUCAUGUGUGAUUCAGACAUUUACACUGGUCUUUAACGAAACCCUCUCAUUUGUUAUAGUGACUUCUAGUAAGACACGGGUUUUUGAUGUGUGCUGCUUGCCUUCUGUGUGUGAAUGGUAAAACUUGCCUUAAUGAUAUCUGCCACGGUUUCUCUUGGGCAAUAUUUGCCCACUCUGAGUGUGAAGCCCUUUGGGGUUUAGCCAUGAGCUUGUGCUGAAGUGUUUUUCAGUAAGGUUUUCUGUUUGGGGCAGCUCUUCAAUUUCAGCAUUCUUUUCAAAUUCAUAACUGUGCACAAGCACUGACUGUCACAACUGUGCCAUUUGUUUUGUAAAUAAACUAGUUUUGCACAAGAA